UCGGUCUUUAUCGCGCUUCUCUCUCAACAUACACUCACUAUUUUCACUUCCCUCUCCGCCUCCGUCAAUUUCAACUCAACCCCGUGAACUUCCAAGCUGUGAAGCCCAAGAAGACACACCAAUGUCAACUCCGUCUGGGUUUUUCCGGGCUUCUAGGGCUGUUUUAGCAGCCGCUAGGUCCGCCACUCCCCUUACCAAACCCGACAUUUCUCCCUCCUCGACCAAAAAACCCACCGUCGCCGCUGCCGCCUCCGCCGCUUCGAAAUCACCCAAGGUACCAAAGGAAAAGAAGGCUUCAACCUCAGGGAUAAUGAAACCGACGCCGGUAUCUCUCGCCCUCCAGAGCGUAGUGGGUGCCUCGGAAGUUUCUCGUGUGGAAGCUGUUAAGAAAAUUUGGGCAUAUAUCAAGCUCCAUAAUCUCCAGAACCCAUCAAAUAAGAAGGAGAUCAUUUGUGAUGCCAAGCUCAAGAAACUGUUUAAUGGAAAGGACAAAGUGGGGUUUCUAGAGAUUGCUAAGCUGCUUUCUCCCCAUUUUGUGAAGGCUAAUUAACUGCUGAUUGAGUCGGCGUCUUUGUUGUGGGGAAUGUCCAACCCUCAUCAAGUAACCGUUGAAACUCACUCUAAAACCUCUUUCUGGUGUUGCUCACAAGUUUGUUUGUACCCUAUGUUUCAGGAAUACUGGUAACUUGAUGUUUCUAGCUUGAUGUCUUUGUACAAAACACGUAGGAUGUUUUAUUUUGUUUAUUCUACUUCUGGAAGUGAAUUCCGAAACUCAAAUGUUCUUAGAGGGUUUAGAUUUUCUCAGGAAAAAAAAUGUAUCUUGCAUUGGCAGUUA